AUGCUAGCAAAGGUGACGCAGCGCUCGUCAUGGCUACGCGUACUAGCAAGAGCUUGUCAUCCGUCACGUUCACUUGAGAUUCAUGCAACUUUUCACACACAAGAAGAAACCGACAAAGAGGAGAGAGUAAGAGGAAAGAGGUCACACGUUGAUGGUCAAAGAUCUUUACGUUCCAAUGAAUCUACGAGUCUCAAGUUCCAUUUACUUCUUUCAUCAGACACGAACACAUCAGUAGCAGCUGGAGAGAAGAGAUUUCGUGCAGUGGAGCAGCAGAAGGGGCAGCAACACGUCAUGCUGUCGGCGGAUGCACAUGUCGAGAAGUUUCGCUCGUUGUUUGUCAGCGACAAUGAAGUUCCGGCUCAAAAGGACAUGGAAAGAGCCAGGACAAGUUUACAAAAGUUGGCAAAGGAAUUGGCGGACCCUCGCGCAGCGGUAGCCAGAGAAUCAGGUUUUCAGAGAGCAAGGAGACAGUUAAAGGCGGCAACGGGGAAACUCGAUCGUAUGCUGUAUGCUAUGCGACAGCGACGAGAUUUUAAUCAGGUGGAAGCAGUGGCAUUUGUGUGGGAGGAGGAGAUGCCGCAGUUUGUAGGGCAACGCAAACAUUGGCAGGUCAUUUGUGAACAUUACGCCUUGGCUCUUAACUACCAGCAACGAUUUCAAGAUGUUGUGGACAAGUUUGCCAACUGCAUCUUUCAAGAGAAUGGACAUGAUACACAAAGUACAGAGGGAGGGAGUCUGCUGACGCCACGGUUGGCUCAAUCGAUUUUUGUAGCGCUUGGACAUCUGCGUGAUGCUGCUAGAGCAUUGCAACUGCUCAAGACGAUGGAGUGCCAUGAUGUUCAUGUGACUAAAGUAUCUUAUUUCCACGUGCUGAACGCAUUGCUGUAUGAUGAACGAUUUACUGAUUUUAAAAGAGUGAUGCAGAUCUGUGAAGAGAUUGUCACUAAACUUCCUGGCGAAAUCGUGCCGCUGUCGCUAUUGCCGAUGAUCAUGAUGACUGCAGCAGCUUGUGGUGAAUCGGAGCGGGCAAUGAAAUUUUAUAGUCAUCCACCGGACAUGCCUAUGUCGACUUUCACCGAGUUUCGUUUCGAGAUCUGCUUGCAGCAGCUGAAUCAUCUGGGAGAAGAUGCAAUGCUGAUGGAGAUGUACCGCAAUCUGAUGGUGUCGGUACAAGCAAGUCGCGAUCUCAAAGAAAGAGUGUCGAAGUAUCUAUUUCGGAAGAGAGUUGCACUUACUACGGCUGCUACUCGUAACGAGCGUCUUUGUAUCGCAUGUGAGAUCUUGGAGAUUAUGAACCAGCACAAAAUGCGUGUAAGCCAUCACGCCAUUUACCCGUUAUUGCGCGCGUUAUUAAUUGAUCCACUAUCUCAGAGUGAAGAUGGUGACGACCGACAUGACGAGCAGAUCCAAAACCGAGUGCAGUGUCCAGAAGACCUACACAAGUUUUUUGCGCGCUACUCGCAUUCUUUGGAGUGGAAUGCAUUUGCUUUAUGUGAAGCUAUUGUUGCUAGCGUGCGUGCUGAUCGUGCUGAUUUAGUCGAUGAUCUCUUUGUUUACGCGCUGGACAGUGGUAUGCCGAUCAAGUAUGCAGCGUUAGAACAAAUGGUGGUUUACUAUUAUCGAUUGGGACUCAUAAACGAUCUUGAGCGAGUAUCUGAUAUGGUACGUGCGUUGCGCCUGAACAAACACAUUCCUCUGGGUAUCGCCGUGACAGAGAUUGGAAUGGCAGCGAACCUCCGCCUUCAUCGCUAUGACGAAGUGAUCAUCCUUUUUGAGGAUUUUUCGUCUUUAGAUGGCGAGCAGAGACGAGUUCUUCAGCGCCAAUUCAUGCUCAAGACGGCACUUGAAGCGUACAUUCACUUGGGGCGCGGCGAUGAAGCUCUGGCGAUUCAAGCGUUGCUAAACCAAAUGCACGGCACUUUGUUAGACGGAAGUGAGGAUAUCGAAGGGGACGAAGUGAAAGCGGAAAUUAGAUUAGAUGAAGAGAUUGCAGAUAAGAAAGAGCUGAUCGACGACAGCAAUAGUGACCAAGUUGGUGAGCACGAGAGAUUGUCUUUGCGUCGCUUUAACAGCUAUACAAUGGCGUCGGGUGACAUCACGAUAUAA